AUGGCCGACUGCGAAACAGACCAAUGUCCCCCCGCACCAGUCUACCAUGCCCCGGCAGAGGUCCAUAUAUCAACCGCUGCGACGACGACGACAACAACAGCAACAAACACACUUGAUCCCACCACGUUUAUCGCUCCCCGUUCCGGGCCUGCACCCAGCGUGGUCAUCGAGUUUUGCGAUCGUUAUGCUUGCAGUGCCGAUGGUAUGUUUUUCUCGCCUUCUCAUCUGAUAAUCGCAACCGAAUGUCCUGAUAAUCGACUCGUUGGGAUUUCCUUUGGUUGUGAUAAUCGGGUUGGGCCUGUUUCCAUGCGUGAUAAUCGAACAACCCUCUCCAGGCUACAUCGGGCCACAUGGACCCAGACCGAACUCUUUUUGACCUUUCCUCCCCCCGCACUAUCCUCCAUCACCCUCGUUCCCCUCAACUCGACCGAAACGGGUGGUCGUUUCCGCGUCUGGUUGCUCCCCGCCGACUCGGACGACCCCAAACUAGUAUGGGACCGUAAAACCGAAGGAGGUUUCCCAGAGCUAAAGGUUCUCAAACAACGAAUCAGGGACGUCAUCCAACCUGGGACGUCACUUGGCCACUCAGAUGCCAAACCUACCGCAUAA